CGCCCGCUCGCAGCGAAAACAUCGGUGCCCGCGGCAGAAUCUGUCUCAGCAUCAAAUUUGCCGACAGCUGCGGGAGCGACAAGCGCUGUACGAGGCAUGAAGGUCCGGUCAAGCGUGAAGAAGUUCUGCGAUGGCUGCUCGGUCGUGCGUAGGAAGGGGCGGUUGUAUGUGAUCUGUAGCAAAGAUCCUAAGCACAAGCAG